UUGUGGCUCAAAUGUAUAAAAAAUUCUAUGUUGCUUCAAAUCGACUUCUUUCUUGGAUCCUUAAACCCACACACAGAAUCCCCGUGAUCACACACCUGCAACCUGUUCAUGAAUUCAUCCCUAUUUUCACACAAACGUCCGCAAAUUCUUGGAAAAUUUGAGCAAUGUCUGCAGUGCUUCCAUUUUCUCUCGCUACAGUAAAAUGUAAUCAACCAAGAAACGAAACAUGUUCGUCUUUAGCGUCACUCAAACCACUUUCACUUCGAAAAAAUGCACUCAAGAAAGCCUUUACAAAUGUCUGCAAAUUGACAAUUCGAGCUUCGAGUACUUCUAUUUCAUCUGUAACAGUCGAAAAAGAUGCAACAUACGGUACCGUUUUCGUAAUUCGAGCUCAAGACAAAAUGGGUUUGCUUCCGGCAAUCACUAGGGUUUUAAAAGGGCAUAGAAUUGAGAAAGCUACAAUGGAAUUUGAUGAAAAAGAAGAUUAUUUUGUGGUAAAGUUUCAGGUCACUGAUUCGAAUGGGAAUAAGAUUGAAGAUAACGAGAGUUUGAUCAGAAUCGAGAAUGCAUUGAUGGACGCCAUUAAUGGCGGUGAAGGUGUUGUGGUGAGGAAAGCAGGGUUCUCGGGAGCUAAAACAGAAAGGAUGUUUGAAUUGAUGGAUGGGUUCUUGAAAAACGAUCCAGUAAGUCUUCAAAAGGAUAUUCUUCAUCAUGUUGAGUACACAGUAGCAAGAUCAAGAUUCAGUUUUGAUGAUUUUGAAGCUUAUCAGGCAUUGUCACAUAGUGUGAGAGACCGAUUAAUUGAACGAUGGCAUGACACACAACAACAUUUCAAAAAGAAGGAUCCUAAACGUUUAUACUUCCUCUCACUCGAGUUCCUAAUGGGUCGUUCGUUAUCAAACAGUGUUAUUAACCUUGGCAUAAAGGAUCAAUGUGCCGAAGCCUUAAGCCAACUUGGGUUUGAGUAUGAAGUUCUUGCAGAGCAGGAAGGAGAUGCAGCCCUUGGCAAUGGUGGUUUAGCUCGGCUUUCUGCAUGCCAAAUGGAUUCUUUAGCAACAUUGGAUUUUCCUGCAUGGGGAUACGGAUUGCGUUAUCAAUAUGGGCUUUUUAGGCAAAUAAUAAUAGAUGGCUUCCAACAUGAACAACCUGAUUAUUGGCUCAACUUUGGAAAUCCAUGGGAAAUAGAACGUGUCCAUGUAUCAUAUCCUGUAAAGUUUUAUGGGAGUGUUAAAGAGGAGGUUGUGAAUGGAAAGAAAUGUAAAGUUUGGAUUCCAGGAGAAACAGUUGAAGCUGUUGCUUAUGAUAAUCCUAUACCUGGUUAUGGAACAAGAAACACAAUAAAUCUCAGAUUAUGGGCUGCUAAACCGAGUGAAGGACUUGAUAUAGAGUCUUAUAAUACUGGAGAUUAUAUCAAUGCUAUUGUGAAUAGACAAAAGGCAGAAAUAAUAAGCAAUGUUUUAUAUCCUGAUGAUCGUUCUUAUCAGGGGAAGGAAUUAAGGCUAAAGCAACAAUAUUUCUUUGUGUCAGCAUCUUUACAAGACAUUAUUCGAAGGUUCAAAGACAUGCAUAACAACUUUGAUGAAUUCCCAGAUAAGGUUGCUUUGCAGCUGAAUGAUACUCAUCCAUCUAUUUCAGUAGUUGAGCUGAUGAGAGUGCUUCUUGAUGAAGAACAUUUGAGUUGGAAAAGGGCAUGGAAUAUUGUAUGCAAAGUUUUUACUUUUACUACUCACACAGUAUUACCUGAAGCAUUGGAAAAAGUCCCCAUGGAUUUAUUUGAAACCGUUUUACCUCGCCAUUUACAAAUUAUAUAUGAUAUAAACUUUGCAUUCAUGGAGGAGUUAAAAAAUAAGAUUGGAAAAGAUUAUGUUCGUUUGUCACGGAUGUCAAUCAUUGAGGAAGGUGCUGUUAAGAAUAUUCGAAUGGCAAACCUGUCUAUUGUUUGUUCUCACACUGUUAAUGGUGUCUCCAGAGCUCAUUCUGAAUUGCUAAAAACACGUGUAUUCAUGGACUUUUAUGAGCUGUGGCCUGAGAAAUUUCAGUAUAAAACAAAUGGAGUAACUCAGCGUCGAUGGAUUGUAGUAAGCAAUCCUUCACUGUGUGCUCUUAUCUCAAAGUGGUUAAGAACAGAAUCUUGGAUCCAUGAUGUUGACCUUUUGACUCAUCUCAAAAAUCAUGCAUCAAAUCCUGAGUUACAAUAUGAAUGGAAAAUGGUAAAGAAGAUAAACAAAAUGAGGCUUGCUGAAUACAUUGAAACAAUGAGUGGAGUGAAGGUUAGUUUGGAUGCAAUGUUUGAUGUGCAAAUAAAGAGGAUACAUGAAUACAAAAGACAGUUUUUGAAUAUAUUAGGUGUUAUUCAUCGAUAUGACUGCAUAAAGAAUAUGGAGGAAAGUGAUAGAAGGAAAGUGGUGCCACGUGUCUGCAUAAUUGGUGGGAAAGCUCCACCAGGUUAUGAAAUUGCAAAGAAGAUCAUCAAAUUAUGUCAUGCUGUUGCAGAAAAAAUUAAUAAUGACACUGAUAUUGGUGACCUUCUUAAAUUGGUUUUUAUUCCUGAUUACAAUGUUUCGGUUGCUGAAUUAGUUAUUCCUGGAAGUGACCUUUCACAACAUAUUAGCACUGCAGGACAUGAGGCAUCUGGUACUGGAAGCAUGAAAUUUCUUAUGAAUGGAUGUUUGUUGCUUGCAACAGCUGAUGGAUCAACAAAUGAAAUUAUUGAAGAAAUAGGUGCAGAAAACAUGUUUAUAUUUGGUGCAAAGAUGAAUGAAGUCCCGAAAUUGCGUGAGAAAGAAUCCACCAUUAAAGCACCCCUUCAAUUUAGACGAGUAGUAAGGAUGGUGAGAGAUGGGUACUUUGGAUUCAAAGACUACUUCAAAUCCUUAUGUGAUACAGUAGAGAAUGGCAAAGAUUUCUAUCUUUUAGGGUCAGAUUUCACUAGCUAUCUAGAAGCUCAGGCUGCAGCAGAUAGAGCAUAUGUGGAUAAGGAGAAAUGGUGCAAAAUGAGCAUACUUUCUACUGCUGGUUCUGGAAGAUUUAGCAGUGAUCGUACAAUUGAAGAUUAUGCAGAAAAAACAUGGGGAAUCAAGCCAUGUAAAUUGCCCUUAUAACACUUUCUUCAUAUGUUGUUCAAUAAACUAGUUUUGAUCUUUGUAGAAUCUUGGAAGUUAAUGUACUUAUUGGACCUUCAUUAAGAGUUUAAGACCCCGUAAAUGACACAUUGAAAACUUCGUCA